UAUUUUGACAAUUUAUCUUCCUGUGUGUUUGUCAGAGGAAGUCUGUCAUUUCAGAAAUUUUGGGCUUUUUAUUUUGAAACCCAUCAACUCCUCUGCCCCGGAAGCUGUCGUCUGUACUGCGGCUAACUUCACGCUGUUUAAUCAAGACGGAAGCAAGUAGCGGUUUCUUUAUUGUUAGUGAGAAAGUUUGUGUUGUGGUCCGUCAGAGCCUCUGUGUGUCCGGAUAAACGUGUCUGAAUGGACUUUGUGCUGUUCACCUUUUCUUUCUGGAUGUUUUACCUCUGACUCAUCUCCCGGUAGACUACAAACACAUUCAAGUUAGCUUAGCAUGCUAGCUGGUUAGCACCGCUAGUCAGAGUGACUGAGGGAGAGCAAACUGUGUUUCUGACGGAGUUUGUGUGGAGAAAAGUUGGUGUCAUUGUGUGAAAAAUGUCUAAAGUCCAAACGGUGAGAGCGCUGGUGGAGCAGCGACUGACUGCGGCUGCUGAAGAGAUACUUGGGCUGUUUGAAAGAACGAUAGCAGAGUACGAGGAGGAACUUUGUCGUUCAAAAGAGAAGAACGAGCGACAACAGAAACUACUGGACGCUGUUUUCAACCCUCAGCUUCACUUACACAGAGCAGACGUCCAGCAGCUGUUGGUGAGUGAAGAAGAGUUUCCCUCUGAGCAGCAGAAGAGGAGCUGCAGUCUGGACCAGGACCAGGAGGACCGAGAGCCCCUACACAUUAAAGAGGAACAGGAGGAACCUUGGACCAGUCAGGAGGGAGAGCAGCUUCAGGGGCUCACAUUCACUCCUGUCCCUGUGAAGAGUGAAGAAGAUGAAGAGAAACCUCAGUCCUCACAGCUUCAUCAAACACAAACUGAACAGAAAUCAGAAGCUGGUGGAGAGGACUGUGACGUCCAGCAGCUGUCGGUGAGUGAAGGAGAGGUUCCCUCUGAGCAGCAGGAGAGGAGCUGCAGUCUAGACCAGGACCAGGAGGAGCCAGAGCCCCCACACAUUAAAGAGGAACUGAAGGAACCUUGGACCAGUCAGAAGGGAGAGCAGCUUCAGGGGCUCACAUUCACUCCUGUCCCUGUGAAGAAUGAAGAAGAUGAAGAGAAACCUCAGUCCUCACAUCUUCAUCAAACACAAACUGAACAGAUGGAAGCAGAAUCUGAUGUAGAGGACUGUGGAGGACCAGAACCAGACAGGAACUCUGAUUCUGAUCCAAAUUUACAACCUGAUACUGAGGACGAGCCUGCAGACUCUUCUGAACCUGAGACUGAUGACAGUGCUGAUUGGAAGGAGACCAGAGAACCUCAGUCAGGUUUGAACUGUUUGAAAAAAGAUGACGGUCCUGUCAGGGAUUCCAGAUUAAGUGCUGGUGAGAAACGAUUUAGCUGCUCUGAGUGUGGGAAAAGAUUUAGCUCCAAAGACAAUCUGAAGAGUCACAUGGUUUCUCAUACAAAAGAGAAACCUUUCAGCUGCUCAGUGUGUGGUAAAGGUUUCGGUCGACGUGUAAAUCUAAGGGCACACAAAAAAAUUCACACAGGAGUGAAACCUUUCAACUGCUCAGUUUGUCAGAAAUCUUUUUACCACACAGGAAAUUUAAAGAAUCACAUGAGACUCCACACAGGAGAGAAACCUUUCAGCUGCUCAGUUUGUAAAAAAUCUUUUACACAGAGUGGAACUUUAAAGCUACACACCAGAGUUCAUACAAGAGAGAAACCUUUCAGCUGCUCAAUUUGUCAGAAACCCCUUGCAUACAGGGCAACUUUAAAGACACACAUGAGAGUCCACACAUAAGAGAAACCUUUCAGCUGCCUAAUUUUUUUAAGAAAUCUUUUAAACAGAGUGGAACUUUAAAGCUACACAUCAAAGUUCACACAGGAGAGAAACCUUUCAGCUGCUCAGUGUGUGGUAAAGGUUUCAUUUGUGGUGGGGAUCUGAAGUCACACAUGAGAACUCACACAGGAGAGAAACCUUUCAGUUGCCAUACUUAUAACAAAAGAUUUAACCGGAGUUCACAUGUCAAAAGACAUAAAUGUGCUGGCCGCUCAUCCUCAAAGUUUCAUCAAACUGAGGAGAACAAAGAGGCAGAGCCUCCAGCCAGCAGCCCGCAUGAAGAGAUUCAAACAGAAGCUGAUGGAGAAGACUGUGGAAGACCAGAAAAAGUCAGGAACUCAGAUCCAGAUGGACCAGAUACUGAUUAGAAGACUGGGAAUUCUCCUGAACCUGAGACUGAUGACAGUUGUGAUUGGAAGGAGACCAGAGAACCUCAGUCCAGUUUAAUCAAGUUUAAAUGUCAUUCACAGAGUUUCCUGCUUUGUUAAACAGCUUUUCUUUCUGCACCGGAGAUGAUAAAUGAGUGAUACUUUUAUAGAGAACUUUAACUUUUCUGUUUGUGUUUAAUCUUGACCCACCGCUGCUUCAUUCAUUUCAUAUAUGUUUCUCUUUUUCUCUACUCCUGAAAAAACAUGUAACACCACAGCAUGCCUCAACAUUAAUAACAUUUAGCAUUGCUGCCCAACCUCUGGAUCUCCCUCCUUCCAAACAUCCACAGCUUUAACUCACUCCACUGGUUUAAAAAACCAAGUCAACACCUUUUCAAGUCAACACCUGACUCCCACUGCCUGUUCAUGUCUGAAACUCUCACAAACUCUGAAUUCUGUUUUUCUUUUCUGCAUUUUUUAUUUGUAUUUAUUCAGGCAUGUAAAGCAUAUUAAAU